AUGCAGGUCAAGUACGGCCUGCAGCCGCCUAGAGUGCCCACGGUCGCCCACGGAGGCACACAGACAUCCCCGCGCUCUGAACGUACUUCAACGCCAAAUGUCUUCACUGUGCUUCGGGAGCAACAGGCGACUCUCGGACCUCUUCUGGCAGGGGCGGUGGGACCAGAUGUUCCUACAGCCUACCGCCCCCCGCUCCAGGGCAAGAGCGUACCUAUACUGGAGAGACGGGCUCCUCCUCUUCCUCGGCAGUCAGAAGCCUCACAGGCUCCUCCUCGGCAGUCUGGAACUUCUUUAGCUCCCCCUAGGCAGUCGGGAACAUCCACGGCUCCUGUAGAGACCGUGGAGGAGACACGGGACCUUCUUCUUGCUGCAGUGCAGAAGCUUCCUACCGGUCUGUCCCCGUUCGAAACCGUGGAGGCUAUGGCCAAGGCCUUAAGUAGGGUGGUUCAUAAGGUCACUCAAGUCCCACCACCCGACCGGGUAGACGAGCGCACGAACUCCCCGCAAUGCCCUAAGGGCCCUCGAGGCCCUCGCAAGCGACGAAACCGCCGUCGCAGGCGUGCGACACAGCCUACCGCUGAACCGGCACGUCUAUCCGGACUGCAUCCCUCCGUGCUGGAGCCGGAGGUGAUCAUACAGGAGGGAGAUCAGUCUCUCCCUCUAGAUACGUGGGCGACGGUCACUCGCCGAGGACGACCUACGAAACGGGGACAGGGUGAUCCUCAAACUGCCGGUCCUACGGCUCGCCCAGAGUCUGGGAACUUACCGCAGUCAUCGUCUCGACGACGAGCCGCUUCCCAGCCGCGUCGGAGGCCACUGCGCACAGCUGCGGUUACCCUGACCUGCGUGGGUGACUCUGUUGACACUAAGACCGCCCUUAGCCAAGCCCGUCAGAAGAUCAACCUCCCUGGUUUGGGGAUUGAGAAGAUCUCGACCCGACGGGCAAGGACGGGCGGCCUUGUCAUAGAAGUCCAUGGGGCGGACGGCCAUGCCAAGGCCGAUGCCUUAGCUGCAGAGAUGCGCUCGGUACUCGAGGAGCACGGGGAUGCCGUCCGGGUUGGACGCCCCACACAAAUGGCCGAGCUUCGGCUGUAUGGAGUGGAGGACUCGGUCACUCAGGCUGAGGUCCGGGACACGGUCGCGAUGACAACCGGGUGCGACCCCGAAUCUGUCAGGGUGGGACCUAUCCGCCCUACACGGGGACUUGCCACAGUGUGGGUCAGAUGCCCGCUGAUUGCGGCCAAUAGACUGUCCCAACUGGGACGUGUCUGCCUGGGCUGGUCUUCUGCUCGGGUAGAGCUGCUGCAGCCCCGGGGGCUGCAGUGCUUCCGAUGCCUGCAGUCCGGGCACACGCGACUGCAGUGUACGGCACUUGCGGACAGGAGCACGGAGUGCUAUAACUGCGGGGAAACCGGACACCGCGCCCGCGAAUGCCGAAAUCCUACCCGGUGUUCCGUGUGUGCCGCGCUUGGCCGGGAGGCUGGUCACCGUAUUGGCAGUCGCCUGUGUAAGGCGCCAGUGCCGGCACCACGUCCGGCGCGUGAAGUUUCCCAGUCGCAAGUGGAGCGGAAGUCCAUUGCGACUGGAGAGAUGGAUGUGGACGCACAGUAA